AUGGCUCUCUCCCAGAUCCAGUGUCUGGACGACAACCACGUGAACCCGCGGACGCACGAGUCCAAACCGGAGUUCUUCUACUGCGAGGACCAGCGGCUCGCGCUCGAGGCUCUGCUCCGUGAUGGGCGCGAGGCGUUCGUGAAGUACCUGGAGGCGCGCGGCCUGCGGGGCUUCCUCUCGGACCCGGAGUUGGAGGUUCUGGCCCGGACUGUGGAGCCCUACGAUCCGGGCUGCGAGCUCUUCCCGGAGGGGGAGGAGGACGAACCGACGCCACUGUCGCUGCACUACUGGCCCGAGAUGUCCGACACGUCCAUCCCGCACAUGGACCUUGGUUGGCCGGACAGCGACGGGUACCGGGGGGUGACGCGCACGACCGUGUACACGCAGCCGCCGAUGGAAGGUCAGGCCCACAUCAAGGAGGUGGUCCGGAAGAUGAUUGCACAGGCGCAGAAGGUUAUAGCAGUGGUGAUGGAUGUCUUCACUGAUGUCGACAUCUUCAGAGAUUUGCUAGAUGCUAGUUUCAAAAGAAAGAUUUCUGUCUACAUCCUGCUGGAACGGACAGCGCUACCCCAUUUCCUGUCCAUGUGUCAGAGGGCCAACAUGCAUACUGGACAUCGCAAGAACCUUCGUGUUCGCUGCACAGGAGGAGCAGAUUUCUUCACUCGGUCCUGCACCAAGAUCAGAGGGCGAAUGGGCCACAGAUUCAUGUUUAUCGAUGGAGACAAAGCAGUAUCUGGUUCUUACAGUUUCACGUGGAUGUCUUCGCGGCUGGAUAGAAACCUCAUCACCGUGACCACCGGCCAGGCUGUGGACGGCUUCGACCGACUAUUUCGCUUCCUCUACGCGUCCUCCAGCUCUGUUGACCUCCGCCAGAUUGGCAUGGAGUCUGAGCCUGAGCCGGACCCCCUUCCGCAGCCAACUAUGGUGGCACCACCUUCUGCUGCUGUUGCUAGGAAACUGAUCAACCCUAAAUACGCCCUCGUUGUUGCAAGCAACUCCAGCCCCACCACCUCUGUUGACAGCCCGAAAGAGACCCAAGAUUCAGACAACUCCAAGAAGAACAAGCGAAAGAAGGCCAUUGAAGAGGGUGCUCUUCCUCUCCACCCUGGACUAGUGGAUCUAGAAAAAGCAUGCUUGAUCUCAUACCUGCCCACCUGGCCAGAACCUGACCCCCCCAGUGAUGUAAUAGGGUUCAUUAACGUUCGGGAUACCACCAGACCAACCCAGGUCCAUCUGCAACGCCAUGAAAUGUUUGAAACCAGCCAGGCGAUCAGGUUCAGCAGUCCCAUCACCAAGGCAAAAGAAACCUUGCCAGAGGUCGCCAAGCCCAGACAGCAAACUGCUGAUCAUGUGGAGCUGAAUAAACCCCAACCAGCUCCAAAUACAGCUAAGGCUGAGGAGUUGGUGGUGGAUAAACCAAAGCCAACACAAGUUAGUGUGGCUCCUUGUGAUAUUAAGAGUAAAGAAGAGGCACCUGAACAGAAACCUGCCGAAUCUGCGCAAAACUUUAAACCUGAAAAGGACACCACUGAGGCUUUGAACACUGUGAAUAAACUGCAUUCAAACACAGCCACCAACCCAGAUGUAGGCCACAUUACAGCUUACCUUAGUGCCCAAUCCAGUAGCAAAGCACCCGCUCCUACCAAUGUGAAGGAUUAUCACAUGACUCAAACCGUUCACACAAACGAUCUUAAAUCAGACUCGCACCCAGAAACAAACACUGAAAAGGAAGCAGAAACUGUACCUGAUUUAAACAAAAAAACUGUUAUGUACAGGACGCAUGUCCUGAAGUCGAAAAAUGUGCAUACCUCUAAACUGCUUGACCUCACUGACUCAAAACCAAACACCGAGCAAAACACACAAGAAAAGACUGCGCUGUCACAUACAGAUUCACACAUACAAGCUGUGAACAUGCAACCAGAAAUCUCUUCUGAAAUGACUCCUAACACCCAGAUUCCUAUUGUUCACAGCCACGUUUCCACCUCCUCCGCUCCUGAUAUGCCGUCUGUUAGUUCAACCUCCCUUUCUGAAAAUAGCCACACUGAGUUUACUACAGAGCACUUCAGCAAUGAUACUGUUGCUUCUGUUCCCUCCACCAGCUCCUCGUCUUCCCUUCGUCCUCUUCCCUCAGCUAUUACAAAUUCAAAUCCUCCCCUCCCUUCAUUCUCAUCUUCUCUGUCCUCUUCUUUGACCUCAGCUCCUCCCAUCCCUAAACCUCGUACUGUCCAGUUGGUUAUCAAAGACAGUAACACCAACAAUAGCCAGAAGCUGCCGGAGAUCUCUGUCAUUAAGAAGACUGACUUCAGUACAGCGCCACUAGUGGUCCACAAUGAGCCGACUAUGGUACAGACAUCUCCAGUGAAAGAGCCUCAAACUGCCCCAGAACUGCAGGAUCGCAGCACAAGUAAAGCAGGAGCAGAAAAAGACACUCAUAAUGUAGGAAAUCACAAAGAAACUCCACAGCAAAAACAGAGUGUGACUUCUCAAGAGACAAGGGAUAAAGAAGCAGACGGACGACGUGAUAGCGGAGCAGAAACUCGGACGGUCACUGGAAUUAAACUAGAAACCCAAUCAGAUAUCUUGAUUACUGAUACACCAAAGGCUGCCAGUGUGAAUGUUCAAGAAAUAAUUCCAAAAGAUGUUGAUCCCAAGACUGUGAUGUCAAGAGAUAGCAAGAUAAUUCCACAGACAAAGAUAGACAUUGUAUCCACAGUACAGAAAGACACCAAGGCCCCAGAAAAAUCCCUGACAAGCUCUGAAUUUUCUACAGUGCCAAAUGAAAAAGGUGAAAAUACGACAAAUUGUAAACCAAACCUUGCAAAAUUGCAUGAACCUGAGAGAUUAUCAUAUUAUAAACUGACUCUAGAGGAUAUAGAUGUAUCGGAGGAUGUGGACUCUGUAAAGGCUCCAGUACACUCUCCUGUUUCUACUUCAUCUAGCCCACACAUGUCCAGUGUCAGUGCUAUUGAUGGCAUACUCACAUCUGCUGCAGACAGGCAAGAUCAACAAGGUAAACAAGCAAGAUUCCCACCAGCAGUCAGUCUGCUAAAUACUGUAAAACACAACACAGACGGCACCUUUCAAGAACAAACUCCUAAAGCACGAGGAAGCAUACAGGCCCCUGAUAAUUGCCUGCGUUUGUACCUCUCUGAAACAGUCGUGCCGGAUUUGCGUUCUCCAACCCCCGAGCGAGAAUCACGCGUAGUCAUGGGUCUCAUUUGCACCCCGACUCCCGAUGGAUUUCCUUCACACGUGUCCACCCCAGAUUCAAGAACAACCACACCGGACUUUCGAACACCUACACCCGACUCUGCUCUCUCCACCACCUCUGACGAGUAUUAUGAAUGUAGCGACUCUCCUUUCCAUGAGCCUGUUUUUGACCAUGUGGGUUUUCUCAAGCAUGGAAUGACAGAGGAUCAUGUCAGCUUCAAACUCACUAAUACACCUAAUGCUUCCACCACUGGCACCAGCCCUGCAUGCAUAAAUUACAGCCCCGGUGCUGCUACAUUAGGCUCUGCAGACAGGAGUACUUCUUGCAGUGAAACAUCAACUUUGACUGGGUCUGCUAGAGUUUCCUCUUCUUUACUUGUGAAGAAAGUGAAAAUGAGUGAACCAGAGGACACCGCACAUGUGGAACAAGAGGAUGAAACGAGGAGGAAACUGAACACGGUGGAGAGGGGAGAAGAGCGAGAAUUCCAGGAGACAGAGAGGAGCAGCAGCGAGGAGGCUAAUAAAGAAGUGGACCAUUUUAAACAAGAUGAAGAUUCAACAGAAAAAGUUAAAGAGACCCCUAAGAGAAGGUUGGUGCUGAGCCAAUCGGCAGCAGAUGCAUCAGUCGAUGGAGGAGUGACUGCAGGAGAAUCAGCCAGUGAAGGAACACAGCCAAAAGUUUCCAGGUCCACUAGUGACCUUAAAACAGAGACAAUUUCUUAUAAGGGACCAGACAAAGUGACCUUGAGCAGGGAGAAGGCAUCAAUUCAGAUGGCACUAAGACCCAGCGGUGUAGAGAGGAGAGAGAACUUCCAGCUGACCAGAGACGCUGAAGCUCCGAAGCUUUUGCAUUAUCCCUCCAAACAUCAGCGGGUUCAGCAGCCGGACAGUGGAGCUUCCUUGCCCUCCCGACCACCCAGACCCGCUCGACCCCUCUCGGCUACCCAGCCUUUAGGGCCUCGUCCUUGGGCCAGCCGUCAGCUGAGUCAACCAGAAGGCAAGGCGCACCAUGAUAGUUUCCAGGUCUUGGAUAAUACGUCGUCUCGUCGUAGAAGUCCAUCCAGACCGGUUCCUCCAGGGGCAGUGGGUUCUGUUGGGUCUGCCGCUGGGCGGAAGCAGGUUUCCAGCAGCCAGCAGGGUCUUGUCUCUCGACAGCCUUCAGCAACGCAGAGCAGAGCGAGAGCCGUACAGGCACACAACCAACCUCCAAAACCUCAAGCCUCCUUUCUCCACUCACACUCUCACCUGCAAACACAAACCCAUUCUCAUCCCCAGAACCAGAUGGUAUCAGCAGAGGAAGCACGUGGACAGGACGAAGGACGGGCUCCAUUUGGCUUCACUUUCAGCAGGCUGUACAACCUGAAGGGCCUGAAGGACAAAGUGAGCAAACUGCCAACACACAGCAAGAGAGGCAGCACCAGCUCUUCUGUACAAGGAAAUAAGAGCUCAAGCUAGUUCGAGACCAUCAGUCAUCAACUUUCCUGUUACUGGAACACAUCAGGCCUCAGAAAAAGGUGAAACCACUGCUGUGAAUGCUCAUUACUUGACUAAUUGAAGUGUGAUUGAGUGCUUCUCUCUUGUGUCUCUUGGAAAUACUUUCAUCCAUACUGGUGCUUUUCAAACUUGAAAUUCUUUUCAUGUUGAAAUCCAACUGCCUGGCAAGCUGCAGUCUGAUCUUUCAUCUUUAGAAGGUCAUGACCUCUGGAUGUCUGGAUCUGAUCUGAGCUCCAUUGCCUAAAAUAUUAAAAUUCAGGCAAUACAAAAUUGGAAUAUUGCGCCUCCAUUUUCAACUUCUUGGCCUCAGUUAUGUAACAAGUGACUGAUGAAGUUCUUUGUAAAUAUCUUUUCCCACAUUUUCAUGUGGAAUAUCUGAACUUUUUUUUUUUUAUUAAUAGCCAAACAAAAUGCACACCAAGCUCUUAAAUCUUUCUCUUAGUGCACAGCAAAUGUGCUGCUCUGACCUAAAUCAACUGGACAGUGGAUCAAGCAUAAAGAGAAGCAUUUGUUUCCUGGAUUACUGAGAUUCCUUUUUGUGAAGUGUCAUUCUGAGUCGACUGCUUCAUACCUCAGUGUUUACUCUCACUUUUCUAUCUGUCUUUUCCUUGCUCUGGGGUGGUGCAAUGUGAAUACAGAAUAACUGCUCUGUAUUUAAGUUUUUCUGUAUGAAUAACUAGGAUUCAACAUAGUGUACUUUAAUAGACUUUAAAACUGGUACUAUCACAUGUUUUAUGAAAGAAGAGUAUUUUAAUAUGAAAAUGCACACUACAGUUAAGGACAAUUUAUGCUUUCUGUACCUGGGUUUCUGCAAGGAUCAGCAGGAUGUAAAUCUUACUGUCUGUGAGGAUACAUUUGGCCUGCAGGUAUCUGCAUGCAGCCCAAAACACUGUAUGUGCCAGGAAAACGAAUGGUACUCAAAACUAUUUUUGGUUUAGAAGAGAGACUGUGCAAGGAGAUUCUUGGUCAUCCACACCUUCAUAAUUCCACAUUAAAAGAGUUGCAGUUGAAGUUUCGGCUGCAGUACGUUGGAUGUGUUUUGAUUUGUGCAAGCUUUCCAUUGAUGGUAUCCAAACAAAGUGAGAAGUUCCAUGUUCUCCAGAAACCGUUUUGCCUUCAGAACUGCCUUAAUUCUUCGUGGCAUGCUGUGAACGAGGUGUUGGAAACAUUCCUCAGAUUUGGUCCAUAUUGACAUGAUAGCAUCACACAGUUGUUGCAGAUUUGUCGGCUGCACAUCCAUGCUGCCAAUCUCCCGUUCCACCACAUCCCAAUAGGUUCUCUACUGGAUUGAGAUGUGGUGACUGUGGAGGCCGUUGGAGUUCAGUGAACUCAUUGUCAUGGUCAAGAAACCAGUUUGAGAUGAUUUGAGCUUUGUGACAUGGUGCAUUGUCCUGCUGGAAGUAGCCUCCAGAAGAUGGUACACUGUGGUCAUAAAGGAAUGGAUAUGGUUAGUAACAAUACUCAGGUAGGCUGUGGUGUUUAAACGAUAAAUUGGAAUUUAAGGGCCCAAAGUGUGCCAAGAAAAUAUCCCUCACACCACUGCACCACAAUCAACAGUCUGAACCAUUGAUGCAAGGCAGGAUGGAUCCAAUAAUCAAAUUUUAAAAAUAGCUAAAACCAUGACAGGUAAAUAAAAAAUAUAAGCUUCUGUGACUCCAAAGGGAGCACUUGUUCCACAUUUGUAUUUUAACAAGUUGUUCUUCUCCUCUGUGCGUCUGUACAUUCAAAAUGGGUUUACGAUAAAAAAAAAUUGAAAAACUGAA